AAGGAUAAAUCAGCCAUGGCGUUUCUGGUUCACAGUGAGCUUGUGCUCUUGGCCUUCAUGCUUCUUCUCGGCAACACAGCUUACGCUUCUAAAGUUCAGCCUGAGUACGACACCGCAUUAUUCAACCGGAGUAGCUUCCCCUCCGGUUUCCUCUUCGGGACGGCCUCUUCGGCAUACCAGUAUGAAGGUGCAGCCAAAAUAGACGGCAGGGGCCCAAGCAUUUGGGAUACUUUCACUCACAAAUAUCCCGAAAAAAUAGCGGACGGAAGCAACGGAGAUGUGGCUAUAGAUCAAUACCACAAAUACAAGGAAGAUGUUGGGAUAAUGAAGGAGAUGGGUUUGGAUGCUUACAGAUUGUCAAUCUCGUGGCCUAGGAUACUACCCAAAGGAACGGUCAAGGGAGGAAUCAACAGAGCAGGCAUUGCAUACUACAACCUCCUUAUCAAUGAACUCCUAGCCCAUGGAAUCAAGCCAUUUGUAACGAUUUUCCACUGGGACGUUCCCCAAACAUUAGAAGACGAGUAUGGUGGUUUCUUGAGCUCCAAGAUUGUGGACCAUUUUCGGGACUUUGCUGAUGUAUGUUUUGAGGAGUUCGGCGACCGGGUCAAGCAUUGGAUAACCCUGAACGAGCCGUGGACUUUCUCCGACGGGGGCUAUGUGCUCGGGAGUUUGGCUCCCGGCCGAUGCUCGGCCUGGCAGCAACUGAACUGCACCGGCGGCGAUUCCGCCACAGAACCAUACAUAGUCGGCCACAAUCUACUUCUUGCUCACACAGCCGCCGUGAAAUUGUACAGGGAUAAGUAUCAGGCAGCUCAAAAGGGGGUGAUCGGAAUUACAUUGGCAUCUCAUUGGUUUGUGCCCUACUCAGACGCCAAGCACAAUCUCGAUGCAGCCCAAAGAGCCUUGGACUUCAUGCUCGGAUGGUCCUUGGACCCGAUAACCUACGGAGACUACCCGCACAGCAUGCGAUCCCUCGUCGGAGAUAGACUGCCAAAGUUCACAAAGGAGCAAUCGCUCCUGUUGAAAGGGUCAUACGAUUUUCUCGGGUUGAACUACUACACCGCCUUCUACGCAGCGUAUGCGCAUUACUCUGUGAACGCUCAGAACAUGAGCUACGUAACAGAUGCUCUCACCAAUCUCACAAGCGAGCGCAACGGUAUACCAAUUGGCCCAGUGGCUGCUUCAAGUUGGCUAUCGGUUUAUCCAAGUGGGAUACGAAGUCUGUUGCUGUAUGUUAAGAAUAAGUACAAGAACCCGCUCAUCUACAUUACCGAGAACGGAAUCGACGAGUUCAACAACUCUACACUACCGUUGGAGCAACAACUGGCUGAUCCUAUGAGGAUAGAUUACUACUAUCGCCAUCUCCAGUACCUUCUGAAGGCAAUUAAGGACGGAGUGAACGUGAAGGGUUACUUCGCAUGGUCGUUGCUGGACAACUUCGAGUGGGGCUCGGGCUACACCGUCCGGUUCGGCAUCAACUACGUGGAUUACAAGAACGGAUUGAAGAGAUAUCCCAAGCACUCGUCCAUUUGGUUCAAGAGCUUUCUCAACAAGCAUUGAUAUCUGAGAUUGUCUUUGCAAGUAAUUGGGAGCCCUGCGUGACUUGUUUCAAACGAAUAAGCGGAUCCAAAUCCCAUUUUCAUUUGAGUGUUUCCUAAGACUGUUUGCUUGAAAGUGAUGUUAGAAAUACAGUGACCAAGUUGAUCGAAAUAAGGAGAGGAAAAAUCGAUCACUUUUCGAAUGA